CCUGUAAUCACCAGGCAGGCUCGGGAUAAGUGGUAGUUUUGCCCACGUUGGGGGGGCUUGGAAGCCACACCCCUCUCCUUGGAGCUCUCCUGGCCACUUCCAGCACCCCAGUCUGCUCCAGUGUUGAGAUGGGUCUGAAGGGGGCAUGGUGCUUCCCAUGGUGUGGGUGCCGCAGACAGCGAGGGACUGAAAGAGGACCAGGCCUGGAUCCCGCUGCCCCUCCAGCUCCUGGCCCGGCUACACCUGCCGUCCUGGCUGAGGGAGGGCCGCCCCCCCUGGGGGCUGGUGCCUACUUCAGCAGGAAAGCCCGACUGUCCUUCCGCCACCAGCUGCACGACAUGGCCUCCGCCAACGACUCUACCAUCUGAUGGGGACAACCAGGACCUUGACCUCCCUCCUCCCUGCUUCUCAGGGGUCCCUGUGUCUCCGGCUCCCAAGUGCCUCAUGACCGUCUCAUUAAAUGUGU